AUGUACCAUGGAGAUUUGGCCAAAAAUUACGGGAGAGUGCAGCUGAAACGGGAAUACGAUUUUGACGUCGACCGAACCGGAUUUGUGGCUGUUGUAUACGCGGCACCAAAUGCAGAAGGGGUCGUUAAAAUUGUUUGGCCAACAAUGGCCGCGAUCACCGUAUGCCUGACUAUAUUGAACGGAUCUUUUUUGACAAUUCUAUACUGCGGUACAAGCAUUUUCAAAACAUUAAGAAAAGGUGUGAUGAGCGAAAAGACGCGACGGAUCCAGAAGGACAUGUUCCGAGCUUUGGUGUUACAGUGCUUGGUCCCAACGCUGUUUGAUUUUCUUCCUGCUAUCGUAAUAUUUGCCUGUCCAGUCUUCGGAAUCCCAAAUGGCAUCGACACGAGCUUCAUUUGCAUAACGACUAACAUCAAUAUUUUUCUGCAACCUGUCGUGCUUAUAUAUUUUAUCAAAGACUAUCGCUAUGCGGCUCUGAGGAUUUUUAGCAAAUUCACUCGUGCUACGAGGUAUGUCGAUCCUGGUAUCACCGUUUCGACCACCGAGACAUCGAAAACUACACGACCACAAGGGGUUUCUGCGCCCGUUUUAUCAAUUUAUGCGUUGGGCGUGACGAUAUGCAUAUAUCUGCUCAAUCGAGAAAAUCAGGAACUGUGCGGGAAGCCCGUAGCGGCCCACCAAGUCGCCAAAACUUGUCCGCCAGGAUGGUUACCGGCGUCUCAAUUCAACAAAUGCUACAAGGUGCACUUUGGAUAUUCCAAUCACGCAGAUGCUACAAAACUCUGCCGAACCCUUGAAGCGGAACUAUUGACGCUCAAUAGCAUCGAGGAGGAGUAUUUUGUGUUGAAUUUGCCAAUCCGCGGUGAAAAACUUCAUGAAAAGUGCGAUUUCUUGAUGUUGGGCCCAAUGUUUCAGGGGGAAUCAAGAGAAUUGGUUGGUCCGAAUGGAGAGCGUGAUAUUUAUACCCAUUUCCCCGAAGGCGAACCAAAUAAUGUUGACGGCGUCGAGAACUGCGUGGAAAUUGGGAUUGACGCAACGAUGCCACCUCGAAUUCAAGUAUAUUCGGCACUAAAUCGUCAACAACCAGACUACUUGAAAAACAUUUGCCAAUGUGUGGCUUUUGCUCUUGCUAUAUAUGCAAUUGUCGCUACUAGUUGUAUUUAUUAUUUAUUACGAGGUGAUACAACCUUGUGCGGGACUCGGAUGACCGCAGAAAAAUUAGCCGAAGUGGGCCACUGCUUGCCCGGAUGGAUUCCAGCCACGAAAUUUUCAAAGUGUUACAAGCCAAUAUUUGGAAAGGUAACCUACAAAGAAGCCGAAGCAAAAUGUGACGCGUUGAACGCGAAAAUGCUGACGAUCAACAGUGUGGAAGAGGAAUACACGGUUUUAAACCUCGAAGUCGACGGGACAAAGCUCUACCGGCGAUUUGAAUAUCUCAUCCUUGGACCAAGGUUUCAGGAGCUUCCGGAGAAGACUGCGCCACGUCGGGCUGGCUAUAGGCGCCUCGCGCAUUGGAGAAAUAAUUGGGCCACCGAAACCCUGGCCCCUCGCGAACUUGUCUCACCAUCCGGUCAACGUUUCCUCUAUCACAAUUUCCACGCGGAUGAGCCGAACAAUGCCGGCGGUCAAGAGUAUUGCACCGAGAUCAGGAUGUAUUCCUAUGAUCCGCCUCACCAUCCCUACUGGAACUAUUCGGGUAUAUGGAACGACUAUAACUGCGAUUACAAGCGCCAUGCUUUCAUAUGUGAAACGUAUCUAUUUGGAAAAUUAAGUGCUACAAAGACGCUC